GCAGCAGUUAAGUGGUACUGAAUUAAUAAGAAUAGUAUCUUCAUGCAAAAUCUAAUUCUCUUAGCUAGAUUUCAUCUCCCUUCUCACUUCUCCUUCUUUUCUUUCUGAUUAGUACAUUCUUACAAACCCAGCUAUAGGGGUUGAUAUCAAUGGAGGGUGGUGCGAGCGAUGAAGUAGCAGAGAGCAGCAAGAAGAUUGGGAGAGGGAAGAUAGAGAUAAAGAGGAUAGAGAACACUACGAAUCGCCAAGUCACUUUCUGCAAGCGACGCAAUGGUUUGCUCAAGAAAGCUUAUGAGCUCUCUGUCUUGUGUGACGCCGAGGUGGCUCUUGUCAUCUUCUCCACUCGAGGUCGUCUCUACGAGUACGCCAACAACAGUGUAAGAGGAACGAUCGAAAGGUACAAGAAAGCUUGCUCAGACGCUGUUAACCCUCCUUCCGUCACCGAAGCUAAUACUCAGUACUAUCAGCAAGAAUCAGCUAAGCUACGGAGACAGAUCCGGGACAUUCAGAAUCUGAACAGACACAUUCUUGGUGAUUCUCUAGGUUCCUUGAACCUCAAGGAACUCAAGAACCUCGAAGGUAGGCUAGAGAAAGGCAUCAGCCGUGUCCGCUCCAAGAAGCAUGAGAUGCUAGUUGCAGAGAUAGAGUACAUGCAAAAAAGGGAAAUCGAGCUUCAAAACGAUAACAUGUAUCUCCGAUCCAAGAUUAGUGAAAGAGCAGGACUGCAGCAGCAGGAAGCCAGUGUGAUAAAUCAAGGGACGGUUUACGAGUCAUCUUCUCAUCAGUCGGAGCAGUAUAACCGGAAUUAUAUUCCGGUUAACCUUCUUGAACCAAAUCAAAACUCCUCCGACCAAAACCAACCACCUCUCCAACUUGUUUAAUUAAGUAACGUUUAAUCAACAUAAUAAGCUUAUUUAUGCAUAUGUGUUGUGUUACAUAUUACGGUUUAAUAACUUAAAAUAAAGACCGGUAGCGGUUUGAGAGGGACCUGAUUUACAUAUGUACCUUGAUUAUUUACAUGCAAUGUAUUGUGAACGUUCCGGCUAGUAAACGUUCCGGCUAGUACGUAAUUUUCAAGACAAGAGAUUCUAAUGGCAAUUAUAUUUUGAGUUGUGUUGCUGUGACCCUAGAAAGUAUAUGCAAUUUUAAUUGAGAUGCAAAAAAAAGCUUGCAUACGAAUGGGCCAUCCCUGUAACAUGUUGGUCAUGGAGUAUAUGAACAGAGAGGCUAAAGGGCAAACCGUUUUCCAUUCCAGUUUAUAAUGUAGAUAAUGCAUGAAUUCACACCAGAGAGA